AUGAACGGAUUUGCGCAUGAUGGCCUCGACGAGGCCAAUUUUGGAGCGCCUGAUGGCAUUGCAACCAAACUAAAGACGUUCGAUGCCUUUCCAAAGACGAAGCCGUCAUAUACCUCCACCAGCCGUGGUGGCGGGCUGUGGACAAUUUUUGUAGCUAUCAUCUGCACCAUCCUCUCCUGCUCCGAGCUCAUAACGUGGUAUCGCGGUCAUGAAAACCAUCACUUCAGUGUUGAAAGAGGGGUAUCACAGGAGAUGCAACUCAACAUUGACACUGUUGUCGCUAUGCCCUGCGAUGAUGUCCGAAUAAACAUCCAAGAUGCAGCUGGUGACCAUAUUUUGGCUGGGGAUUUAUUGACGCAGGAGCCCACUAGCUGGACCGCUUGGAACAGGGAAAUGAAUCAACGGCGUAGUGGAGGCAGCCCUGAGUAUCAGACGCUAAACAAGGAGGAUACCUUCCGGUUGGAAGAACAGGAAGAGGAUCUCCAUGUCGAACACGUCUUGGGCGAAGUAAGGAGAAGCCGGAAAAAGAAGUUCCCAAAGGCCCCCAAGCUGAAAAGGUCCGAUGCGGUGGACUCAUGCAGGGUGUUUGGAAGUUUAGAGGGCAAUAAAGUGCAAGGAAACCUGCAUAUCACGGCUCGAGGCUUUGGAUAUUUUGAAUGGGGAAGGACUACUAACCCUCACAGCCUGAACUUUACUCACCUUAUCACCGAGCUCUCAUUCGGCCCUCAUUAUGGCCGUCUUCUCAAUCCACUUGACAAGACGGUUUCCUCAACAUCCAUAAAUUUUUAUAAAUACCAAUAUCACCUCUCGGUUGUUCCAACAAUAUAUACAAAGUCUGGCCAUAUUGAUCCUAAUCGUCGAUCUCUUCCAGACGCGAGCACUAUAACGGCAAAGGAUUCCAAAACGACUGUCUCAACAAAUCAGUAUGCGGUAACCUCAUACUCCCAGCCGAUACAACCGCGCAUCGACGCUACCCCAGGUAUAUUUUUCAAAUAUAAUAUCGAGCCAAUUCUUCUAAUUGUUAGCCAAGAGUGGGACAGCCUAUUAGCCCUAAUGGUCAGACUAGUCAAUGUCGUAUCUGGUGUGCUUGUUACCGGUGGCUGGCUAUUUCAAAUCGGGUCCUGGGCCUCGGAAACCAUGAGGAAAAGAAGAAGACUCGCAUCAGAUGGCUUAUUAACGGGGAAACACGCAACAGAUUAG